AUGAAAAACUACCUCUUCUUAAAGCACGGUGGCGGGUAUAUUCUUGGCCUCAUCCCACGUCCGGCCCCAGCUGUUGACCCUUCCAGCGCUGGUCACUGGGACCUCAACAACCUCUGCAUUAUCGUGGCACUUCGUACCUGCUCUAGCCCCAAGGAACAGGUGUUCCUGCGCCCCUAUGAUAAUGUGCAUCUCGCCUGGAACACUCUUCAGUCCCAGCAUGAGAAGAUAGGCCCUAUUGCCCAAAUCUUGCUGAUCCAGCAUGCCCUAGCCAUUCGGUAUCAUCGGUCCGAAUGUCUUUCUACCACCAGCACUGAAAUUAGUGACAUGGUGAGGCACAUAUAUGCUAUCGGAAUCCCAAAAGAGGAUGACUUCACAACUAUCAUCAUGCUCAAUGUGAUGAAUGACGAGCUCACCCAUGUUUGCAACCACAUUGCUGACGCCCUCUCCACUAGCACUUCCACCUCGACUUACGGACCCAUGAACAUUUGCUCCCGCUUGGACAUGGAGCAGCAGCUC